UGACACCUGAUAGCUCCAGAGUGGCGCACAGCUUGGUUAGGAAGACGGAAAGCUGGCGUUGUUAGUUUGGAAACAUGUGGCGGAAUGAGAGCACACCUUUAAUAGUAGAAGACCAACUUAAAGCUUUAUCAUUGACAUAAGCGGACGUACGUGCCACUGUAAAGACCCUCGCGCGGAACUCGCGCAGCCCCCUAGGCGCACUUCAUGGACCUCUUUCUAUGACAAGACCUGCACGCUGCGGGUUGCUCUCGGCUUCUACAGGGAUCUCUAACGUGGAACAUGGCGAGAGGGAUGAGAGGAGCUCAUCUCCUCGCUGUCUUUUUUACCUUUUCCGUAACACUUUUCAGGGACGCAAAUGGACAAGGAAGCUUUAACGACUUAACAGGUUUUAGUUUGAGUCCUCCGUAUUUCAACCUCGUUGAUAGGUCUAGUAUCUCUGCCACAGCAACCUGCGGUCAGGCUGGUGCUGGGACACCGAGAUAUGAGUUAUACUGUAAGCUUGUCGGAGGACCGAACAGCGGACCUCCUACUCAAAAUAUACAGGGUCAGUUCUGUGACUACUGCAACUCCAUUGACCCAAACAAAGCCCACCCGGUGACCUAUGCCAUUGAUGGGACAGAGCGCUGGUGGCAGAGCCCUCCUCUCUCCAGUGGACCGGGCUACAACGAGGUGAAUGUUACCCUGGACCUUGGGCAGCUCUUCCAUGUGGCGUACGUCCUCCUCAAGUUUGCUAAUUCACCUCGACCUGACCUCUGGGUGCUUGAGCGCUCUGUAGACAACGGGAGAACCUUCAUACCCUGGCAGUAUUUUGCACAUUCAGAGCGUGAGUGUAUUGAAAAGUUCGGAAAGCAGCCCAAUGCUCGUAUAGUGCAUGAUGAUGACCAGAUCUGCACCACAGAAUACUCACGGAUCGUCCCUUUGGAGAACGGAGAGAUUGUGGUGUCUCUGGUCAACGGUCGGCCAGGGUCCAAAAACUUCACCUACUCGCCAGUGCUGCAAGACUUCACAAAGGCCACCAACAUUCGCCUGCGCUUUCUCCGCACCAACACCUUGCUGGGCCACCUGAUCUCCAAGGCCCAGAGAGAUCCCACCGUCACACGCAGGUAUUACUAUAGUAUCAAAGACAUCAGCAUUGGUGGACGCUGUGUUUGCCAUGGGCAUGCACACGUGUGUGGUGGGGGGCGUAACCAGGACAAUCCAAAGAGACUCCAGUGUGAGUGCCAACACAACACUUGCGGUGAGACAUGUGACCGCUGCUGCCCAGGCUUUAACCAGAAGCCAUGGCGUGUCGCGACUGUUGACAGCUCCAAUGAGUGUCAUCCCUGCCAGUGUUUCUCCCAUGCCUUUGACUGUUAUUAUGACCAAGAGGUGGAAAAGAGGGGAGCAAGUUUAGACACCUUCGGAAGGUACGACGGAGGAGGAGUGUGCAUCAACUGCCAGCACAACACUGCUGGAGUGAACUGUGAGCAAUGCCUUGAAGGUUUCUACAGACCUUAUGGAGUACCUCCCGAGUCUCCCACCGGAUGCAUACCCUGCAGGUGUGAUGACAGGACUACAGCUGGCUGUGAAAUGGGGUCUGGAAGGUGUAUCUGCAAGCCACAAUUUGCUGGAGAAAACUGUGAUCGCUGUGCUGAGGGAUACUAUUACAACCCUCAGUGCAUUCGAUAUCCCGUAUACCAGACGACCACCAAAUCUCCUGCAGGACCUAUUGUGGGGCCCACCGCUUGCCCUAUGGGUUAUUUUGGCUCACCCAGCUGUCAGCAGUGUAUAUGUGACUACAGAGGGACAGCGUACGGGGUGUGCGAUCCUUCAGGCCGCUGCCUGUGCCGUCAGGGUGUGGAGGGGGAGCGAUGCAACCGCUGUCGCCAAGGAUACCACUCAUUCCCAAACUGCCGGGAGUGUGUCUGUGACGGGGCUGGUGUGGCUGACGGUGUGUGCAGUCCAAAUGGCCAGUGUGUUUGCUUUCCUAACUAUGCGGGGCAGGAUUGUGACGAAUGUGCACCAGGCUACUAUGGAUACCCAGACUGUGCUGUCUGCCAAUGUUCACAGGAAGGCUCAUACGGCAGCAUAUGCAACCCACUGUCGGGUCAGUGUCUGUGUCUCCCAGGGGUGGUGGGCCAGCAGUGUGACCGCUGUGCCUCUGGACUCAGGUUCCCCCAGUGCUCAGCCCCCAUCAGUGUGUGUAACCAAGCUGGAACUGAGGCCACUGAUCCUCGAACGGGCUCCUGCCGCUGCCUAGCAAACGUGGAGGGAACCCUGUGUGACAGGUGUAAACCUCUCUACUGGAAACUAAAUACAGACAACUCUCGUGGCUGUAUAGAAUGUUGGUUGUGUUUUUUAAAAAGGCCCCGCAGUGGUGUUGGAGAGUGUGAACAGAAAAGUGGACAGUGUCACUGUAAACCUAAUGCAUGUGGACAUGCAUGUGAAACCUGUAAAGAUGGAUACUUCCUGCUGCAGAAAAAGCAGUAUUUUGGCUGUCAAGGUUGUCAGUGUGAUGUAGGUGGCGCCAUUGGCAUGGCGUGCGAUGAGAUGUCGGGACAGUGUUGGUGUCGGAAGAAUGUAGUUGGCCGUCAAUGCACUGAGCCAGCACCAAGUUACUAUUUCCCCACUCUCCAUCAACUGAAGUUUGAGGUCGAGGAUGGCACUACGCCAAAUGCCAGACCAGUCCGCUUUGGUUAUAACUCCCAAGAGUUCCCAAAUUUCAGCUGGAAAGGUUAUGCUGUAAUGUCUCCUGCACAGAGUGAAGUCAGAGUAACAGUGCAUGUUGACCCAAAAGAUGAGAGGCAGCACUUAUUCCGUGUGGUUCUGCGGUUCACUAACCCGAGCAGCACCAGCGUGACAGGUAGCAUCAAGGCUACCAAUAACAAAGGCACUGCAGGGUCAGACCAGAGUAAGGAAGUAAUAUUCCCUAAGAGUCCCUCCCCAUCCUUCCUCACUGUCCCAGGAGAGGGCUUCGCUGAGCCCUUUGCAUUGACCCCUGGGAAAUGGAUCAUUCACAUAAGGGCAGAGGGGCUUCUGCUGGACUAUUUAGUGCUGCUGCCCCGGGAUUACUAUGAGGCACCUUUGCUGCAGGAGAAAAUUACCCAGCCCUGCACAUACUUACCCACUGUAAACAGAGAUACAAACUGUCUCUUGUAUAAGCAUGUUGCCAUGGAUGGCUUCAGCUCUGCACUGGCCUCUCAAGGAAAACUCUCCAGCCGCAGCGGGCGCAAGAGGAGGCAGUCUCGUGUCCGCCGUCCCACCCCAGAUCACCCUGAAAUGGCUGCUCUCAGUGGCAGACAGUCGCAGCUCCAACUCAGUCUACGAUUGCCUCGUCCUGGCCAAUAUGCCCUGGUCCUGGAGUAUGCCAGCGAGGUGGACACUGUCCAGAAUGUCAACAUACUCAUCAGUGGCCAGUCAGGUGGCCAGAUCCCAGCCAGGGCCAACAUUUACAGUUGUGCCUACAGCUUUUUGUGCCGGAGUGUGGCAGUGGACAGCAGUAGUCAGGUGACAGUGUUGCAGCUUACUCACAAGACGGAGCUUCUACUGCAAACUUCCACUACGUCAUUCCUGCUGUAUAAAGUGUAUGCAGUCCCUGCAGAAGAGUUCUCCAUUGAGUAUGUAGACCCAAAGGUGCUGUGUGUAUCCACUCAUGGCCGCUUCACUGAGGACAGCCGACACUGCGUUCUGAGGCGAUUCGACAAGCCAACCUCAGCCUGGAUUUUGUAUGCUGCCCGUGAUGGACAGCUAUCUUCGGCACCAGCUGUUUCUCCCCAACGAGGAGAGAAUGAGGAUUGGAGACGGAGACGACAGACAGGGGUGUUCCAUGUCAGUGAACCUCAGAGUGAUGGGAUACUGCUUAAAUUCCCUCAGACGGAGAUCCAUUUCACUCCCAAAGUGCCCAUCCCGGGCUCGUAUGUGGUUGUGGUCCAUUAUCACCAGGCUGAACAUACGUCCUUCCCCGUAGAGGUCCGAGUGGACGCAGGGCGUGAGUGGAAGGCUCUGAUCGUGCCACCUAAGAAGACACUUAUUCUGGAUUAUAUUUUGUUGGUUCCCGAUAGCAGUUACACCCCAGAUCUCCUGAAAGAGAAGCCACUGGAUAAAUCUACAGAUUUCAUACAACAAUGUAGAGGAGAAGGAUUUUUUAUUGACGUGAGAACUUCUCCCCAGUUCUGCAAAGACUCUGCCCGAUCUCUUGUAGCAGCCUAUAAUGAUGGAGCUCUGCCUUGCAACUGUGACGAGUCUGGCUCUACAGGGACCACUUGUGAUCCGGUUGGAGGACAGUGUCCCUGCAGGCAGCAUGUCAUCGGUCGUCGGUGCACAAAGUGUGCCACGGGAUACUAUAGCUUCCCCUACUGCAGACCGUGUGAGUGUGGCCGCCGACUGUGUGACGAGGUGACAGGACGCUGUAUCUGCCCUCCUCAGACAGUCAGACCAGCCUGCGAUGUGUGCCAGGGUCAGACGUUCAGCUAUCACCCGUUGCUGGGCUGUGAGGGCUGUGAAUGCUCCCCAAAUGGCAUCAAAGACAACACAAGGCCUGACUGUGACCGAACCACCGGACAGUGCAGUUGCAAGCCUAGGAUUGGUGGCCGACAGUGUGAUCGCUGUGCUGCAGGUUAUUAUCGCUUCCCCGACUGUGUACCUUGUAACUGUAACCAAGGUGGCGUCACACCUGACAUCUGCCACCCAGACACAGGGAGGUGUCUCUGCAAGAGAAAUGUUGCUGGCGUCAAGUGUGAUACCUGUCUGCAAGGUUCCUUCUAUUUUGACCCCUCCAACCCUCACGGCUGUACCAGGUGCUUUUGCUUCGGAGCGACUGACCAGUGUCAGAGCUCCAGCAAACGCAGGGGGAAGUUUGUUGAUAUGCGGGUCUGGCGUUUGGAAAGCCCUGACCAGGAGGAGGUUACCUCUGUGCUGAACACAGCCAGUAACACAGUGGUGGCAGACAUCCAGGAGCUUCCUCCCACAGUUCAAACUCUACACUGGGUGGCACCAUCAUCCUACCUGGGCGACAGGGUGUCGUCUUAUGGUGGUUUCUUCACCUACCAGUCCAAAUCCUUUGGGAUUCCCAGCGAGGGCAUGACUCUCCUAGACAGGAGACCUGAUGUCGUGCUAACUGGUCACAAUAUGACCCUGAUCCACAUGGCUUUACAAGUCCCACUUCCAGACAGGCUGUACCAGGGCAGAGUCCAGCUGUUGGAGGGAAACUGGCGCCAUGCUGUCAGCAACAGGCCUGUCUCCAGAGAGGAACUGAUGAUGGUCCUAGCCGGUCUGGUUGGCCUGAGGAUCCGAGCCUUGUACUUUACUCAGAGCCAGCGACUCAGCAUAGGGGAGGUGGGCCUGGAGGGGGCGACUAUCACAGGGACUGGUAGUCCUGGAAACACUGUGGAAGAUUGUUCCUGCCCCCCUCAGUACACUGGAGACUCAUGUGAGAAAUGUGCUCCUGGUUACUAUAGAGAUAGCAGUGGGCCUUUCCUGGGCCGCUGUGUGCCCUGUGAGUGCAACGGCCUGGCUGAUGAGUGUGAAGGGAGGACAGGGAGAUGCCUGAACUGUCAGUACAACACGGCUGGGGACCGAUGUGAACGCUGCAAAGAAGGUUACUAUGGAAACGCGGCUCAGAGGACAUGCAGAGUUUGCCCGUGCCCAUUCAGCGUGCCUGCAAACAGUUUUGCAAUAGGUUGCAAAGAGGUAUUUGAAGACUUUGAGUGUAUAUGCAGAGCAGGCUACACUGGAGAGAGGUGUGAGAGUUGUGCUCCUGGUUACUAUGGCGAUCCACUGACGCCAGGAGGAAGUUGUCGGCCCUGUAAUUGCAAUGGCAAUGGCAACAACUGUGAUCCCAGGACUGGAGUUUGCAAGAACACCCUGGAGCCAGGAGACACAAACACAGAUGAGCAGUGCCAAGAGUGUGAUAAUUGUGCCCAGACUUUACUACAAGAUCUGGAGAAGCUGGAUGAUGAGCUGGGAAGGAUCAAGACUCAACUGGACAAUGCCACUGCCAGUGCCUCCUCUCAGGACAGGCUGAAGAAGCUGGAAAAGGCCGUGUUAGACACCAAGAUUCUUGUCAACAGAUUUAGCUCUGCCAUCAACACCCAAACGUCCAGAGUCAACCAGCUGGAAGACGACGUGAGCACUCUGUCAGAUGACAUCAGCACCCUCAAAAACAAGGCAGAUAAGAGGGCUGCUGAUGCUGACAAGGCGGUGGCAGAUAUCGAAAAAACCCACAAGAGGGCUAAAGAUCUGGACUCAGAGAUUCAAAACAUGCUCAAGAAAAUCCAAGCUCUGCUGGACCAACUGAAGGAUGCAGGCACCAGUGGUAAUAUGCCCAAUGAAAACCUGUCUAAGAUGCUAGAAGAUGCUCAGCGCAUGGUGAAGGAGAUGAAGGAUAGGAACUUCACCCCUCAGAAGGCAGCUGCUGAGAAAGAAAGAGAGGAGGCCAAGAAACUGCUAGACUACAUCAAAGCUAAUGUAAGUAAGCGGUGUGACCAGAAUGAGGCCGCAGCACAGAAGCUUCGGGGCCUUCUGUUGGGUUACGAGGCCAAGCUGAAUGACUUGGACGAGGCUUUAAAGAAGGCAGGGGACUUGCUGACAAAAGCCAACGCCCAGAAUGGACUUAAUGCUCAGACACUGGGAGUGUUGCAGAAAAAAAUCGAUGACUUAAAAAAGGAGCGCAAGACUGUUGAGGACCAAAUUGCCAUGGCCAAAAAUGAGCUGCAGAAAACAGAGGAUUUGGUGAAAAUGCUAUCUGACAGCAAAAUGGAAUACGAACAGCUGGCAGCACAGCUGGAUGGUGCCAAGACUGACUUGACCAAGAAGGUGAAUGAGAUUGCCAAAGCCGCAGCCAAGGAGGACAUUGUGAUCGCUGCUGAGAAUCAUGCCAAAGAACUUAGCAAGCUGGCAAAGGAACUUGAGGAUGCUGUGAAGAACGCAAGUGGACGCACUGAGGUGCGAAAUGCCAAAGACGCUAUUGACGCCUACAAGAACAUCACAGAUGCAAUUAAUGCUGCUGAGGCUGCAGCCAAUGAGGCCAAAGGUGCUGCCGACAACGCCCUGAAUAAUGUAAAAAAUCAGAAGCUCACAGAAAGAGCAAAAGACCUUAAGGAGACUGGUGAUGACCUACUGAAUAAUGCAAAGGCGGCAGAGACAGACCUUCAAGGCGCGGGGGACAAAAUUACUGACCUGAAGAAACGCCUGAAGAACGCUGAUGAGAAGAAGAAAGCUCUUCAGAAAGACCUGCUUAAUGCACAGAACCAAUUAGACGGCAUCAAGAGAGAUGACAUCGGUGGUAUGAUUGAUGAAGCCAAGAGGAAGGCAUCUUUAGCCAAUGACACAGCCAACGCCACUAUGGACAAACUGAAUGGCAUCAGAAAGGAAAUUAGCAAUAUCAGUGUCACUCCUGUGCACUCCAACCUGAGCAACGUGUUGAAUGAUGCGGACCAGUUAGUGAAGGACUUGCUGAAAACCAUCCCAUCUCUGAAUGAUAAGAUCUCGGAGGUGGAGAACCUGACCUCGCAGGUCGCACCAUUUACCAACAUAUCUGAGGACAUCAGGAAGAUCAAAGAGCUCAUUGAACAAGCUCGGGACGCAGCAAACAGGAUUGCGAUCCCAAUGAAGUUCACAGGCAAUGGCUACGUGGCGAUGCGUGCACCAAAUAAUCGGGAUGAUCUGAAGGCCUACACGCUCCUGUCUCUGUCGCUGCAGAGACCUCUAGGCAGGGGUGAUGGAAGACGCAGACGCAGACAGGCCAGCAACAGUGGAGACAUGUUUGUGUUGUACCUUGGCAAUAGAGAUUCUUCUACGAACUACAUUGGUAUGGUUCUGAGGAGCAACAAGCUGUACACUGUCUACAAGCUUAACGGAGUCGAGUACGAGAUGAAAACGGAUUUCAUCACCAUGUCUUCGUCUGAGCCAGCCAAGUUUGAUAGAGUGGACCUACACAGGAUUUACCAAGAUGCAAAGAUGAUCCUCACCAAAGAUAUCACCUCCAACUCACUCAAUAAAUUGAAAUUUGAGGACAGCGUGCAAGGAAAAGAGGGCAAGAAUCUCCUGGACCUCAGUCCCAGUGAUGUUGUUUUCUACGUUGGAGGCUACCCUGACAACUUCACCCCACCAGCUUCUCUAAACUUCCCCAAGUACCAAGGCUGCAUUGAGUUCUCCUCUUUUAACGACAAAGUCGUCAGUCUCUACAACUUCGAAAAGGCAGAGGGGAUCAAUUCAGAGACUCCUUGCAAGAGAUAUGUAAUCCCAGUGGAUUCUGACUACUAUGAAGGCACAGGAUAUGGCAAAGUGGUCAUAGAUAAAAGAGGUGGCACCCUCCGCAUCGAUAUGAGCAUCAUGUCUCGUUCAGAAAAUGGUCUGCUCUUAUACAUCGGAAGUGAGGACAAUUACUUCACCGUGACGAUAGAGAAGGGCGUCAUUUUCCUGCGUAGCAAUUUGCUCCAAGCACCAGCUACAAAUGCAGUGAAAACAUUCCCGCUAAGUGACUGGGCAGACAUCCUAAUCAUUGCUUCAAAGGGAAGAAUUACAGUCCGCUUGGCUGGUAACCAAGUGGCCUCAGCCGAAGUUGCAUACGACCAAAACGCAUUUCAAGAAUUCUAUGUUGGUGGUGCCCCGCGGGACUUGAGGGAAAGAGAUAAAAUCACCAUACAGCCAUUCAAAGGAUGCUUGAAGAAUUUAAAGCUGAAUAACAUCUUUAAAACUGUUGAUGAGCAAGUGGGCAUCAGCAAAGGUUGUCCCACGGAUUCCUUGAUUUCUCGUAAAGCAGAGUUCAGCUUGGGGAGCUCGCUGUCAGCUGACCUCGCAGGCUUUAGUCUGGCCAAUGACGUUACUGUCUCCCUUGGAUUCAAGAGCACAGAGAAUGAGGGCCUCAUUCUGCAGGACAAACAGCUGGCUAAUGGGAUGAGUCUUGUGUUGGAAAAUGGCUAUGUGAUUCUCAAUUUCAACGGCAAGAUCUGGAAAUCCAACAAACAAUAUCAGGAUGGCCAGUGGCAUUAUUUGACUGUAACCAGAAAAGAUGGAAGGUCUCAGCUGAUUAUUGAUGAUGAAGACGAGGGUCAGCAGCAGGAUCAGAGUGGCAGCACCAUAACUGACACAGGUGGCUCUGUGUUCCUGGGAAAAGAGAAGUUCAAAGGCUGCGUUUCCAACCUCUACACAAGACGGCCAGACAAUCUGUACAAGCCUGAGGACCUCAGCACCUUCGAGGCUUCUGGAGAUGUCUUGCUUGAUGUGUGUACUGCUGACAGUCUCGCUCAACUGAUGCUGGACCGCGCCUCUAAGAAGGAUGUUGUGAUGCAGGCGAUAAAUGAGAGUCUAUCAGCAUGUGCAUUACCAGCCCUGGUUCAAAAUGCUUAUCGCAUGGGUGGCCCUGUCAGCAGCCUGAGCUACAGCCUUCCACUACAGGUCCUGCAGCCCAGGCCCCACUUUUCUCUGGAUGUCAGGACUCGAGCUCCUGAGGGCCUGCUGUUCUAUGCUGCUACCAGAGAAGGGCGCUCUCAUCUCGCGUUAUACAUAUCCAAAGGCAGGAUCAGACUGUCUGUAGGCAAACAGAAGGAGAUCUUCAACAGGGAGAAGUACAAUGAUGGAAAGUGGCACUCGGUCAUUUUCAGUUUGGAGAAGAAGAAAUUUCGAUUGGUUGUAGAUGGGAUCAGAGCCCAGGAUGGUCAGCUGACAAAUGCUGAGUUGACAUCCAUGCAGAAAUUUGUGUCACCUGUGUACCUGGGCAGUGCCCCGGAGUCCCUUCACAAAGAGCUGAAGUUGAAGGCCCUUCCAAAGCAAAGUGUGUCUGGCUGUAUUCGCAAUUUUAAAAUGAAUGGAGCACCAAUUUCAACUCCAACCACAAACCACGCUGCCGGCCCCUGCUUCGAUGGACAGACACAAAGAGGAGCUUAUUUCUCAGGGAAUGGAGCUCAUGUCAUCAUCAAUGACUCCUUUGUUGUGGGCACCAGCUUUGAGCUGCUGUUUAAUAUUCGUCCGCGGAGUCCGACUGGACUCCUGCUACAUGUUGGUGAUUCCAGCAGGAACCAGUAUGGGCCUGCAAUGGGCCACUAUCUCACUGUCUACAUGCUCAAAGGAGAGGUAGUGGCACAAGCAAACAAUGGCAAAGGGGAAUUCAUGGUGUCGGUGAAGCCCAAAGCUUCUUUGUGUGAUGGAAUGUUUCAUAAAAUUUCAGUAAUCAAGAGGAAAAAUGUUGUGCAACUGCAUGUGGACACAAUCGACAAUUACAAGAUUGGACCACCAUCUUCCACUACAGCUUUGACCAAAGACUCCUUGUAUGUGGGUGGCAUUCCUGAGAUGUCAAUGCAACAGAUGCUCCCUGUUACAUCGUCCUUUGUGGGAUGCAUCCAGGACAUGAGGAUCAACAGCGACUCGGUCUCAUUCGACAGGCUGUCUGGUGCGUUCGGUCCGGUCAACCUCAAAGAGUGUCCAGGCUGAACGUCUCACUGCUUCAUCAUGGAACAAACCUUGGGACCACGUCCACCGCCAACCAUGUGCAAUCUGUUACCAAGACAGAGAAUGUGUUUGUGUAUAACGGUGUAUCAUUUUUGAGUGUGUGUGUGUGUGUGUGUGUGUGUGUGUGUAAAAUAAGCAGCAGCUUACCGGUUCAUAUUAUUAGCUCUGUUUAACAAUGCUGUAUUUAUUUUGUGAUAAAAUCAUGUAUCAGGGCCCCGAUUCACAUAUUCUAACAGUUGUUUUACAGUCUAAUGUGUUGGUCCAUGUACUUUCUGUCGACAAAUGCUACUGGAUAUGCUUAUAAUUGGUCAGGGCUGCAGUAGGAGCAACCCAGCACUUUAAGAAAACAAAUGAUGCCUUUUUGUGAUGGUGCUUUAAUGUAGAUCAACAUUAUUAGUUGAUUUUUUGUUUUGUUUUUGUUUGUUGGAAAGUUUAUACUAGAAUAAUUACGUUUACACCCACGGUGCUCAAUUCAGUGACAUUUCAGGCACAUGCCAGCAUGUAGAAUUAUGCAUUUUACCUGGUUUAAUAGAAAUGGAAUCUGUACACAGGUCGUGAAAUCACAUGGUUUCCCCCCAUACUGAAUUAUUGUUGUUUUGAAUUCAUUUUCCAUUUUGCAUUCCUCUGUCAUGCAUGAGGAUGUUCUCUGUGGAUGUUAAUCAGUUACACAAGAACACAGCGUGUUUCUGGAACAUUGUAUAUGAGUUGAAAACCAAUAUAGAUGCCUUUAACUUCUAAUACUGUAUAUCUCACAAGUUUGGGACCAUUUAGCCCAUAUAACUAUAACGUUGAAAGUAAUAUAACAAAAAACAAUACCAUGUCUCUUAUGUAUUUAAACUCCCACAGCAGAUGUUUACCUGCUUUGUACAUUUGUGGAAAUAUUUGUGAUAUGAGAAAAAUAUGCAUGAUGAUUGGACAUAUUGAUUUUACAUGCAUUCCUGUCUUAUGACCACUGAUUUGUAAGCCAUUUUGUAAUUAUUGUUGUUUAUAAAUACUUCUCAGUGCCACAAGUA